AUGUUCAAGCAAGUCCGUCACGCCAUCCUUUUAUCCGCCCUCGCGGCUGCCGUUUCCGUCGUGCGAGCCCAAAGCACCGUAGCUCUUUCGUGGAACUCUACCUCGCCAUACGGACAAUCGAAUGGCGACUUCACCCUCGUAGAGGGAACCUAUGGCUACGCCAUGGCGUUCACUGCCGACAGCAGCAGUCCUCCCACUGCGACAUACUCUGAAGAAUUCGGAAGCCUUGUCCAGCAUUGUCCCGAGAUCGGCUACAUUGCUGCGCUCAUCCCCCAGUCUGGAGUUAUACCAGAAACUUAUGUCCUUGAGUGGGUCGACCCGACGACAACUCUUCCUGAAGGAUCAUCAACUGAUAGCCUUGUUCCCGCCUCCGGUGGAUUCGUCUCCACUCUGGGCACUGGGAUUUUCAAAGGAAUUGAGGUCGAUAACACCGGUGUGUUUGCUUGGGUCAACGAAACCUCUGCCCAAGACGGCGGCGUGCAAUACUGGAUUGUUACUACUCCCGAUUCCACCACUUGUUGA